AAGAAAAGGCCGAAAAGCACAAACACCAGCGGUCUUAUAUUCCUCGGCAGCCAGGGAGAAGUGCGGUUACAAAUGGCCUGGUAACAAGUAAGAAUUCAAAUCCGUCGACCAGCCGUUUGACAGGUUCGCAAUCCCAGCCACAAGUUAAUGAAACCGAUUACGGACCCAGAACUACCCAUCAAGUCCCAAUCCGUUCUCAAGAUCAAAGUCGCCGUUAUCGUAAUAAACUCAGCCCAACAGAACCUCGUAAAGCGCUACGCGAUGACCCAACUAAACAAAGUGGUAUUUUGGCGAACAAGAUAUCUUCGAAACAUCCCACUGUGAACCAGUCUUUCAUUGACAAGAUAGUCGAGGAAAUCGAAGCAAAGCACCCGAUCCUCACAAAGGGAAAAGGGGGCAACACUGAUAGCUUACAACGGCUAAUUGACAAUGUGGCAGACAGUGUCGUCAAACAGGUCACAGAGGAGUUUACUGAGCCACAGACUAAGCCAAGUAGACGUGUCAAUGUGCCUAAACCUUGGUCGCAGAAGGAAAUAUCAGACCCCAACGGUACUGUGGCAGAUAUGCCUCUUCUCAAAGACAGAAAGCCCCACGCGAAAUCUUCAUUGGUAAAAGAUAUUGACUUAAAUCUUCCCACUGAGGUGCCUAACAGUGAUGAGAUCAGUGGACAAUUCUCGCCUGAUUCCAUCCCGGCGGACGUCAAACCCCCAUCAAGGAUGUCAUUACCGCAAAGAUCCCGUUUUGUCCAUCAAAGGCCGCAACCCGAGGAACCAGGAAAGCAAGAGCUACGCGAAAUGUUUAAAUUCACACAUCGGUUUGAUGAACAGAGGCCCAAGUUGCAAGGCGGAAGGAAAAAGGUUACCAUUCCUGCAACGAAUGAAGGUAACGCAGCUUACCUGGUGCUUCAUAUAGGCUUUGAGCAAAUCGAAAAUCGCACAGCUCUCGACAGCUCAGAGCACAAGAACAAUGCCAUUCUUAGUCCAGAGGUGCGCCUCUCAGUAACCGAAUCCAAAUGCGGGUCUGCCUUGAGCAUGCAAGGUGGACGUUUACUUUUUACCCGUUUCAACAGUCGUCCACGUGAAGCGAUAACGAUCACAUUGUGGCUCAAGCUAGACUCGGUCUCAGGAACAGCCACUUUGUUCAGUACCACGGGGUCUGGAGCCAAGUACAACCUACAGUACCGCGAUGGCAACAUUCACUGGUCUCACGUCGAUGACUUAGGACACGUGAUAUUCAGCAUGGCAACGAGGCAGACUGUAGACUCCUUAGAUUGGAUACAUCUUAGUGUUACUUAUGACGCACACAUCAACAUGAGCAAGAUUAUUUUGAAUGGAGCCGUUCUGGACGAAAGAGAAGGCCAUGGAUUGCUUUCGCAGAAUUGGGAUGGGGAAGUUGGGAUCGGAAUUCCCGAAGGGAUACGAGGACUUAUCGACGAGUUUUAUAUGUACAAUCAUGCGCUUGCCGCGUCCGAUCUGACGGAUCUGUCGGAGGAAUGCAACCCUGGGGCAGGUGGAGCUAUUCCUCUUAAGGAAGGAAGUUACGAUGGUCUCAUACCUGACGAUAUGAUCCAGGAUGCAAUAUUACAGCCGCAUCCAAAUGCUUCAACGACAAAAAUUCCAAACGCUGCGGUAACAACCCCUACCACAACCACUACAGGGUCAACAUUAAGGUCUACAACAAGGUCAACAACAAGGUCAACAACAAGGUCAACAACAAGGUCAACAACAAGGUCUACAACAAGGUCAACAACACAGCUCACUUCACCAACAACAAGGCCGCUUACAUCAACGACAACCAAGCCGACAACUAAGCCAGCAGCCGAUGCAAGGAAGACAACAACGUCGUCUUCUUAUAAACCAACUCUUCAGGUACCGUUUGGUAUAACCCUUAGUAAAAAGGCUGGCUCAAGCACUGUUCCGUCUACGAUCACCUUACAUGACGAGCCUAACUGCCAGCAAGGGAUGUUUUAUGAUAACAGUGAGUUACGAGGUGGCAUGGACGCUGGCUUGUUCAUAGACUUGGGGCGAGUGAAAGGCUCAACAAGUUGUUUGAAGUUGUGUUGUGAAAUCGAGUCAUGUGACCUGGUGUUCUUGAAGCGUGACAGCUGUUAUGCCGUGGACUGUUACAAUAACAAAUUGUGCGAGCCCGUGCCAGUGGUGUCUUACAGAAGUGACAUGCCCAGCGUUCAUUACAUUACCAGGAGUGGGAAGUCAGUUCUAGAUGAAAAGUUACGAAAGUUGGAGACUCGACCCAAACCUCCCGGAACUACCCAAAUGCCGACCCUCCCACCAACACCUUACAGAACAACAGCAAGUGAAAUAUUUCUUCCAUACAAGCAGAUCUCCAUGCGUCCAACUUACGCCCCGUCAAUCACAAAACGUUUCUGUGCCCAAGGAAUGUUCUUCUACAACGUGAAACUUCGAGACGGGUGGAACGCUGGGAUGCUGCUUCAGAUCUCUAGUGUACGGAGCAUGGCAGAGUGCAUUCAGGAUUGUUGUGACGAACCAGCGUGCGAUUUUGUGAUGCUGAAGCAACGAAGGUGUUACAGUGUGCGAUGUAAGGGAGGUGAUACUUGUACGGUGGAAGAAGGAGGAGAAUAUCAGAUCUCGUUUGUGAGUAGACAAGAUAUGGUCGAAGACGAGACACAGUCUACACCGACCCCCACACCGUUACCCCUGAAUCCUCUGGGCGGAAAAAUGGACGAGUUGUCAGUUAGCCAUGUUCGUUAUCUGUCAUUGUACCUUGGCUUUGAUCAUGUAAUUGGUUCUGUGGCGGUAGAUGGAUCGGGCUUAAACAAUGACGCGAGAUUAACGAGAGGAACCGAAGUUUCAAGACCUGGUAAGCAAGGAACCGCGAUAGAAUUGAAUGGCGGCGAUGUACUUCUCGAUGGUGAACAUUUCCGGGAGAAACCACGUGAAGCCGUCACCAUUGCUUUAUGGUUAAAACUGUGGAGAACCAGUGGAGUGCACUCCAUUUUUGAUACAAUCGGCGGGCAUUCGAUCCACAGCAAGGGACAGUAUCACUUUGAGGUGUACGAUGGAAGGUUGAGGUGGUUCCAUCGUAAUGAAUACGCUAAGGAGGUUUUCAACGUUAGGACUUCGCCAGUUUUGCAGCCCAGUAUAUGGUACCAUGUGGUUGGCACUUACGACUCCCUUAAGCACAUGGCAAACGUCUUUCUGAACGGUGACUUGGUGGGAGAGGGUCGUGGCAGUGGUAUGCUGUCCCUAGACUGGGAGUCUAAGGCCGGAUUUGGCUCACAUUCCGGGCGAAGGGUUUUACUCGGCUUCCUCGAUGAGAUUUAUAUCUUCAGACGGGCAGUUCUGGCGAAAGAAAUUGAAAGAUACUUGGAGAAUUCUAAUAGUGAACCGCUCCUUCAUUCGGAAUCCAACACUGUACUCACGGAGACUUUCACUGAAAGUCCUUCUGAGGAUAGCUUUUCAGAUGUUAAUACUGACCCUGUUUGGUUUUCGAAACCAACCAGCCAUUUAAGUAAUCUUCCCAACCAGAGUCCUUCUAGCAACUACAUGAACUUCAUGGACCAGGACGAAAUCCAAAGUGCUUCAACACUUGGCGCAACAUCAGUUGUUGUCAGUGCUGCGAGAGCAAAAUCAAGAACGAAAGAAACCACAAAUAUGCCAACAGUGACGUCGCCGCAAACGACAAAGACAACUACAGAGACAGCCACAUUAUCAACAACGCCGCCAACCACGUUGAAAUCAACAACAAUGAUCAAAACGACUGCGUCACCUCAUACAAUAGACAGCACUGCACCAGAAAGACUGAAAACGAUGUGCAAAUUGGGAGACGUGUACAGAAAUAGGGAUCUUGUGGGUGGAUUAGGCGCGGGAAAUUUCACUGACAAAGGAAAGGUUGACAGCAUUGAAGAGUGUAUGAAAAUUUGCUGUGGAAUACAAGAUUGCUCUGUAGGUUAUAUGGUGGAGAACAACUGCUUUGCCAUAACUUGUACGGAAAAGGAGCAGUGUAAAACGUUUAUAAAGAGUCUGUCGGAGAACAGCCCUGUCAUUGGAUUUGUGAAGCGAAGCGAACGAAAAGAAUCAACUUCUCAUCCUUCGCCGAAGGAGGAAAACGAAAAACCAACUUCUCCAGCUAGUGCUACACCUGUAGAACCAGAAGCAAAGUCAUCGGACGCCCCACAAGGCGACAAAGAAGCUGCCUUCAACUUCACUGAUAUGUUAUCAACUAGUAAACCCACUUAAAGUACGACAUCUGAUCAUGCACUAUC